CAAACACGUGCUCUCAAAAUGGCCGUCAAGAUGGAGAGCGAAGUGGAGCUCGGUUUCCUAGAGGAGCAACCCAGCUGUGUUUCGUCUUCCGUCUCAAGCCAAACGAGCAGCAACUACUUCCCCAGUAAAGUUGGUGGUAUGCCCGUCUGGCUGGACCCCGUCCACCUUCCAACCACCAAACAAUUGGAAUGCCUCAUUUGUCAGAAACCUUGUCUCCUCCUCCUACAGAUGUACGCUCCUUUGUCUGACCACCCCGAGACCUAUCACCGUAGUCUCUUUGUUUUUAUGUGCACAGAUCCCGACUGUCACAAGGAAAAGUCCUCGCUCUUGCCGUUCAGGGUUCUAAGAUGUAAUCUCCCCCGGGGGAAUCCCUAUUAUCCGAGCGAAGAGGGGGCGGAGUCUACUCGUGACUUGCUCCCAGUCAAGGAUGAGGAUUCUUAUUCUUUAUCUAACCCGUCUCCGUUGUGUGGCCUAUGUGGUUGCCCUGCUCCUAAUAAAUGUGGGCAGUGUCGCAAGGUUCAUUAUUGCUCCCGGUAUCAUCAGCUACUGGAUUGGAAGAUAAAUCACAAAGCUGAUUGUAAAGACUUUAAAAACGGUAAGGAGAUUGAUGAAGUGGCCAAGGCUUCAAUGGUCAGUGGGAUAUUAUUGGCAGAGUAUGAGAUUGUUACGGAAACUGAGCCAAAUUAUACUAUUCCUAGUGAAGAGGAACGAAUGGCUGCAUAUGAGAAUUAUGUAAGUUCUGAACAAUACAGCAAGUCCAAGUUGCCAGAGGAAGGUUGCAAGGAUUUUGAGGAUUUAAAGAUGCCGAAAAGUGAAGAUAAAACCUUUAGUAAAUUCAAGCAGAGGGUCUCCAUUGAGCCUGAUCAGGUAAUACGUUUUCAACCAGGCGGUGAUCCUUUGCUGAUAUCUGGUGAUCCUUCUCAGUCACCAUCGUCAGUACCAACAUGUAACAAAUGCCAGUCUCCAAGACAGUUUGAGUUUCAGAUUAUGCCACAGUUACUGUAUUAUCUCAAGUUGGACUCCAGCCCAUCUCAGUCUUCCAUUGAUUGGGGAACACUCUUAGUGUAUACCUGUUCCUCCAACUGCUUCUCGUCUCCAGGGUACAACGAAGAGUUUCUAUGGAAACAGGACCCUCCUCUUUAGUGGGAGAAAAGGACAAAGAGGACAGACAUUUAUCAUAAUCAUUAGCGGUCAUUACUAGUUCAUGAAUUAAUAAUAGAUUAAAUGAGAAUAAUGAUAAAUGAAUAUUGAUAAAUGGCGUCAACUCAAA